CGGUUCUCCCACCCGCCGAAUCUUUCGACGCUCGGCCCCCAUACUAGGCCCCAGGUGUCAGUUCUUUCUCCUUCCCCGGCACGCCCCCUCCUUUCUUUCUUCCUCGCGCUCAUCCCAUCUCCGACCAGACUCCCCCCCCCCAUCAUUCGCCCUCCCAAGAUUCCUUUCAGUAUCCAAAUCCCCACUAUCUCCAUGGAUUCCUCUUCCAGUUUUACCAGGAGGCUUGGAUGCGCCUCCCGUUGUGUGCAGCCCCUAGAAGAACCUGUCUUCCGUUGCUUCUGUGGGGAUCCCGCCUUUUCUGUAACCUCAGGAACUCUCCGGAAUCCUGGUCGCAAGUUCUACAUCUGCCACAAGGCAGGAAUCGGCAGGGGCUGCAAGCUUUGGAUUUGGGAGGAUGUGUUUAUGCGAUUUGUUGAUGAAAUGGUGGAGUACUGCACCGCUUCAACCCUUGACUGCCUGCAUGAACAACUUUCCUUGGCCCGCGAAGCGUUGGUCAGCAAUGAGGAGAAGCUUGACAAGAUCCGCCAGGAAGCUGAGGAAGAGCAUGUCAAAAUGGUGCUCAAAGUCCAGGAAUUGGAAGUGAAGCUGCAAGAGUCAGAGCACAAGGUGCAGAGUUUGCGUCAGGUUCAGGUCAGGGGGUGAAGAUGGUCAGUUCUAGUCGAUAUGUGUGAUGCAAUUAUGAGGCUCUUCAAGUCCCUGGACGAUGGAAUGUACCAGCCUGGCUUCAACCGUUGGAGGCAUUUCAUGCCAGCCACAUUUGCGGAGCUAGCUCUGAAUGGAGAUAACUACCUUGGUGACAACCGCAUCCGUUCAUCUUUUGUUGGGAACCACAUCACCUAUAACAUUGAAGACUGUAGCAUGCUUGUUGUACCAGUUGUUCGUGAUGGGAGAUGCAGCUGCUACUUUUGGAACUUUGAGCAGCAGCGAAUUCAUGUUCUAGACCCACUCAUGAUGAGGUGUUGCACUUCUAGUGUGCACCGUCGACAUGGUCAAAAUGUCACAAUUAUUAAUGAAGCUAUUUCAAGGUGCGAAGAUACCUAUUUCCAAGGCUGGAACGUAAACAUGAUUGGUUGGGACAGAUGCUACACUGUUGGUCUUGGCCAAAGUUGCCACAGUAAUAACUCAGGGUUUGCCACACACUACGCUGGCCAGGCCCUGCAUGUCCCCGGACGUCGUCCCGUUCCCUACGCCACUCACACCUCCGGUCGCCGUCCCACUAGACCGAUCCGGUGCCCGUCGCCGUCAAUCCUCCUCCAGCCUGCCUUCCAAUCAGUGAGCAGAAGGCCAAGGACGUGCUGCUCUACCACUACAAACACGCAGCCCAAAGGUUCUCUGCAAAGCUCACCCCCUAGCAGAUCCAGGAGUUCCAGAGUGAGCCCCCCUCCCCUACUUCAUUGUCUCAUCACUGUACUGGGAAAAAAACUUCAGAGAACAUUAUUUUGGCCGCACCAAAUUUAGUGGAUGCCCAUGGUG